AAUGCGGAGCACAAGGACCUCCGUGCAAAUGAGCCACCCAUGCGACGUACGCGCAUUGCAAACCAAACGUAUGUAUAGAAUAAAUCCACAUUCCUUUUUAAGUUUAAAAAUUAGCGAUUCUCCAGGGGCACUGCUCAGCAUGCGCGUUUGAAAUGUUCCCGCGGGCGGAUUAACAAACCAGCGCGCGUGGAACGGUAAUUCUUUUUUCUCCUUUUUAAAAAAAAAAAAAAAAAGUAAUACGAACGAGUGGAAGUUCCCAUACGAAGAAAUGGCCUCGUAAGAAGGGAACAGGAAAAAGUGCCCCCGCGAAAGAGCAAGCAUAGCAUGUAUAGCUAAAUAGCGCCGCUUAUGAGAUACCCAUUUUUACCCCCCAACAAUUUGAUAAGCUAAAUUCCCAGGGUUAACUCUGCCAGAUCAGCUGCGCCCUGGCAGCCGAACAAUUUGAAAAAUAGACGAGGGGAAAAGGAGAUAGAGUGAAGCAAGAAGUUGGCACCACCCCGUGACAGAUAGCCAAUCAGCCAAAUGGAAGACCCCAUCACGAGGUUCUACAAAUGCAGAAAAACCUGCUGUGAGAUGCUCGAGGACAGGGGGUACAUCAUAACACCCAGGGAGAAGCUGGAAAACUUUGCCACCUUUAAGGAACAAUUUGAAGAAAAUGAAAAGCUACGAUCCAGAAUGACUAUCAUCACAAGUCACAAGAACGACGCGAACAACAAAAUUAUAGUUUACUUCGCGGAUGAAAUUAAAAAAACGGGAGUCAAACCUUUGAGAGAGCUGACGGAAAAAAUGGACGAAAAGUCAAUUCAGAGAGCAAUUCUUGUGACGCAAAAUACGUUGACGCCCUUCGCGCGAGAUGCAAUUAAGGAAGCUGCCCCGAGACACAUCAUAGAAAAUUUUUUGGACACCGAAUUGUUGGUUAACAUAACGAAGCACGAACUCGUUCCAAGGCACAUCCCCCUCACGAGUGACGAAAAAAGGAACCUCCUACAACGAUAUAAGAUUAAGGAAAACAAGUUGCCUCGAAUUCAGGACGUGGAUCCUGUGUGUCGAUACUUCGGCCUCGCAAAGGGACAGGUUGUUAAAAUAAUCAGGCCCAGUGAAACGGCUGGUAGGUACGUGACCUACAGGCUCGUGGUUUGAGACCCUCCCAUUUCGCGUGUCGGCUUCAUCUCCCUGCAGAUUGUCGAUCCAUUUUUGUCAUUUUUUUUUUUUUUUCCUGUUUUGUUGCUUAUUACCACGAUUUCGUGAAAACAAGCAGUCACGCUACUCCCUAUUUCACGCCACCUUAAUGGUGAACAUGCGUGCAGUUGCUUCUCCGAGUUUUUCUCCCCCUCGCGUUAACCGAUUUGAAUGUUUGCCAUCCCCCUCCUUUUUAUUUCGUUUCCUCGUUACCUUUUUUUUGAUACUGC